CUGGAGUGGAAGACUUGUGCACAGGGAACACAGAUGCUCUACAUGUAUUAGACGGAGACACACACUCACUGUAAGAUGCCAGCUCAUCUGAGCCUGGCAGACCAGGAACGGGAGUGGAGGAAGACAGAGCUGGGUCUCGCUGCGAUCUCGGAGAAGGGACGGAUGAAGAUGUGCGACACUGCGAAGAAGCAGAGAGAUUCCAGAUCUGACGUUAAACCCACAGCCCUGGAGAAAAACAGAAAAGCAUGUGCCCCACUGAACAUUAAAUUGGCACAGAUUAAUAUCAGCAAACGAAAUGGAAAGAAUACAGAAUCAAAUGUGCUGAAAGUGGACGAGAGACUGCGAUUGGCCCGGGAACGCAGAGAGGCAUACCAAAAACAGCUGGCACUGCGCGAGCACGGUUGGCUGGUGAGGGAAGAGCGGGCCAAGCAGUUCUAUGAGAAACACCUUGAGGAGCGGAAGAAGAAGUUGGAGGAGCAGCGACAAAGAGAGGAAAGGAGGAGGAUGGCAGUUGAGGAGAAGCGCAAACAGAGGCUCAAAGAAGAAAGAGAGCGUUAUGAGUCUGUGGUUCAGAAGACGAUGGAGAAAAGUCAGAAGGCCAAACAGAAACCUGGUCACUGCUCACGAAGGGUCACCAAGACUGGGAACAAUAAUGCUAAAUGCCGCUCUCUUAGUCAAUGGGAGAUUGACCUUGUCCGUCGUCUUCAGACUCCUACCGUCUCUUAUCUAGCCAGAAGCAGGAGUGCUGUGUGUCUGUCACGAGACACAGCUGUUCAUAUUUGUCGUCGUUCAGCCUCAUGUCAUACCAUGAACUCAAGCACCGCACGAAAGCCCCAGGUGCAUUGCGGGAAAGUGGCAAACAGGCCUGCAAGCUCAAGUCCAAACGUCACCAUCCGCAGAACCACCACCAGAGAGCUGGUGGCAAAAGGCAAUUUUGUGGGACUGGACUUGAAAAAGCCACAGCUCCAAACAACAACAAACGAAAUCAAGCCCAAACAGGACACAAACCCACCAGAGAAUACUGUCCUCCCAACAUCACGGCUGCAGAACAGAUCACAUAUCAGACAAGCCACACUUAAACAAGAUAGCUUGCCUCCACUGCCAGAAGAGGAGGAUCUAGAAUCUGAGGAAACGCUUGCUCAACAAAGUCUGCAAGAUAACCAACUCCAGUCGAAUCCAGCUAAUAAUGGGCCUCCGAAUCCAACAGCAGGCUCUCAGAUUACUAAUGGACCAAGUCAGAUUGGUGACGCAGCACAAGUCAGAGCUGCUGGUUGGACUACAGACCCUGAAGAGGCCACUCGCCUGCUGACUGAGAAAAGGAGACAAGCCCGACUCCAGAGAGAGAAAGAGGAAGAGGAGCGCAAACUGAAAGAGGAGAUGGAAAGAAAGAGCAGAGAGGAACUGGCCCGUCAAAGAAUUGAAGAACGGGCCAGACAGGAAGCAGAGGCCCUCCAACUGGAGGAGGAGAAGAGGAAGAGAGAGGAAGAAGAGCGACUCAAGGCUGAAGAGGAAAACACUCGCAGACAGAAAGAGGAAGAAAACAGGCUUCAACAGCAGAGAGAGCAAGAGGCUCGUCAGAGGGUGCUGGCAGAGCAGCAGAGACUGGAAAGAGAGAGUCAUUUCCAGAAAGAGGAGGCCGAACGCCAAGAAAGGAAAAAGCGUCUGGAAGAAAUCAUGAAAAGAACAAGAAAGACAGACUCUGAUAACAAGAAAACUGCAUCAGUGAAGGACAACUUGCCUUGUGAGAACAUGAAGCCUGUAAUCAGGCUACCAGGUACAGGACAAACGCCAAAACUGGAGCUGAGGGACGAGGAGGAUAUGCUUCCUACUGUGGCCUUUAAGGAGCGACGGUCCUUCCGCAGUCUUUCUGGCCUGGAUGAGAUACAAGCACAUCAGCAAACCGAGGUUAUUUAAUCCACGGACACGUCAUACGAUGCCAAGACCGUCAGAGCAACUUCAGCAAGCUUGUCUUUCUGAACAACACAAAAACAUCAUAUGCACUUAAUUUCCCUGCACUUUAAUAAACCUGUAGUUUAAUAUUCACACUUCCUUAUCUAGAUUACAGUUCUUUACUGCCCAGUUAAAAUGCCUAAAUUACAGCUUGAUUUGCUAGAGUGACAUCAUGCAUCGCUCAGAAGCCAGAUAAGUUUGGGUAUGUGGUAAGAUUCACAUAACAACAAUAAUAAUAAUACUUGAAUAAUACUUAUGGACUUAAAGGGGUCAUAUGAUGCGAUUUCAAUUUUUCCUUUCUCUUUGGAGUGUUACAAGCUCUUGGUGCAUAAAUACGAUCUGUGAAG